CCUUGAGCAUCGAGUUCACCCUCCGAAGUACACACAAGGUCCAAGUUCUGUCACUCUAGUUGGAAAUGGCUUCGGGACGAUUGAAAAAAGAGCUUGCAGAAGUCGGCAAAGUCGACCAGAGUUCUGGAGUGAGUGCUCGUGCCACUAGCGACGACAUGCGGAGGCUGAAAGGGAAGAUUAACGGGCCAGAAUCGACUUGUUAUGAGGGAGGAAUUUUUGAAAUCGAUAUUAGCAUCCCGAAACAAUACCCAUUUGAACCUCCAAAGGUACGAUGUGAAGUUCGCUUGAGGACACGUGUGUUGUUUGAUGCAUUGUGGAAUGAUGCUGCGGAGACGUAAUUGACUCUCAUUCGAACUCCCUAUGAUGGGAACAAGUUGGAUUACUCACCCAAACAAUGUCAUUUUCUCGAUUUUUUCCAUUUGAUUGCUGUGUACGUAGAUGAAAUUCAUUACAAAAAUAUGGCACCCUAAUAUUUCUUCGCAAACAGGUGCGAUAUGCCUCGUAAGUCUGAUACAGAGAAUUGAGCCAUCGCCUUUUGACGCGUUGGGUUACCUAAUUGCAUUACUUUUCAUCAUUAUGUAUCAUUCCACUCCUUAGGACAUUCUGAAAGAUCAGUGGAGCCCGGUGAGUAAUACACGCAGCAUGUAUUUGAGCCUUUCUUUGCUGAAUGAAUUCCCUAGACUGAUUUCUAAAAUAUAUUUUUCCAUCAAUUGGCACAUGGCUUAUCAGGCUCUUACUAUUAAGACAGCACUUUUAUCACUCCGAGCCUUGUUGUCGUCGCCAGAGCCCAGUGAUCCACAGGAUGCAGAAGUUGCAAAAAUGUACCUAAACGAUAGAAAAAAGUUUGAGAAAACAGCAAAAUUUUGGACCGAAUCGUAUGCUAAGGAGGCGGAUUACGAGGCUAUGAUUAAGGGCCUAGAGGACAUGGGAUUCGACCGAGCAAGUGCCAAAAAAGCACUAGAAAAACACGACUGGGACGAAAGCAGGGCUGUCAAUGAACUUCUCGGCAUGUGAAUCACCUCGCAACUGAUCGAGGAUGAGGAUAUCGCCACGGCUACGAAUCCGAGAUACAAACGAAGCAACGUCGCGCAAGGUUUUCUCGGGAUUGACCUUCGCAAGCAACGAGGCAUCAAAAUGCUUGUCAAGAAAAAAUGCUGCUUCUUUGGUCGCCCCAGCACAUCAGGUCUCGACAUCGAUAGUUCAAAAUGGUGACACACAUUAUCAUCACAUUAUCUCAUAAAAUCUAUAACGACGA